GUCUGUCUCAUGGUGUCUCCCCCCAGGUCUGCCCGAGAUGAGGCUGUUUCUGGUGCUCGUCCUGCUGGGAGCCGUGGCCGGGGGCCCUCUCUCCCAGAGGGCCCUGGAGCUGGAGAGAUCGGACGAGCAGGGCAGCUCCGCUCUGGAGGAGGAGCCCGUGGGGUCGGCGCCGUGCCAGGGGGAAGAACGGGGCUUCGGGGCGAGAGGCGCAAAGCCCCCCCGUUACGAGCUGGAGAACAAGCCCCAGACGUUCGAGGAGGCCAAGAACACGUGCACAAAGCGCGGUGGCUGCCUGGCCUCCAUCCACACCGAAGAGAUCAACAGGAAGCUGUGCCAAAUGUCCAAGCAGGGCCAGGUGUGGGUCGGGGGUAUCAGCUCCUCCUUGGGGGUCACUGGAGAAGCAUCAGCUGUGAGACUCGUCUGCCCUUUAUCUGCGAGAUCCCUUCACGCUUUCCCUGAGGGGUUUCUUCCCCCCCGGGGUCCUGCUGCCCUCCCUGCUGUGCCGGCCUGGGCCCCCUGCUCCAUCCUGCCGGGGGUGCCCCUGCUCCCUGCACCCGGCUCGCCCUGUGCCGCAGGUCCCAGCCCUGCCCCAGCUCCCUGGGGGCAGCCCCACCCCCUGCGCUCAGGCCUGGCCUGGGACUCCCCACAAUAAAACCGCUUCCCUCACCCCGGCCCCGUGUGGCUCCUUCCAAGGCCAGGGCUGAGCCUCUACCCAGCCAGCGGCCUGGCUCCCCCCUUCCCCGUCUCUGCGCGGCCUCCCUCUGGUUCUGGCGCCGGGGCUGCCUGGCUCAGAAUGU